AUGGUAGGAGUCAAGUUAACGUUAGGACUUUUUGCGGCGCUGGCUGUUGCCGGCGUCGCUCUUCCCGGCAACUAUCAAUGGUCCGAUGGUGACGGUGUUGCCGCAUACGGCGCUGGUGAGCCAGGCGGUCACAAUAGCAACUGGGGUGAUGCCGGAGGCGCACGAGGUACUGGUGCUGCUGGUGGCUCUGGACCCAGUUUUGGCUCUGGAACUCAAGGCGGUGGUGGAGCCAUGGGAGGUGAAGGUGGCAGUGGCAAAGGCAGUGGCUACGGAGAUUCGCAUGACGGCAAUAAAGGGCAGAAGGGAGAUCAUAAAGAAGGUGGCUCAAGAGGUAAUGCUCCUGACGGUAUUCAUCGUCGCCAUGAGAACUCCGAUUCGUCAGAGGCCAACGGUUCUCGAGGCAAUGGCACCCAAACUGGUAAGGAUGGGAAUUUUGGUGCUGGCGGAGACGGUGAAAAGUCGUGGGGCCAUGGCACAGGCGACGGAAGCCGAUCUGGUGAUCGUGGAGAUCAAGGUCGCCAGGGUGGAAAAGGCGGGGACCGUGGAGGCGAUGGAAAGCCGGGUGGCAAUCUCGGCCCUCGUGGUCACGGCGCUUGGGGCGAAGACCAUGAAAAAGACAACCACAGAAAAUCUGGCAAAGGAGCAAGCAGUGGGAAGCUGGACCAUGGCGGAGGUCAAGGCGAUAAAGGUGACAAGGGAGGUGAUGGUUUCGAAGAAAUGCGUGGUGGCCUUGGUCCCCGUGGCAAUGUUGCUUGGGGUGGAAACAAUCAAGAUGGUAAGAACGGAAAGCCUGGUAAUGGAAUGGGUGGUGGGAGUUCAUGGGAGGAAACGGGAAGUGGUCAAGUCUGGCCUGAGGAUAAUCCAGAUCACGAUGGCCACCGUGGCACGGCUGAGAGACCAGGUGGUGGGAUCCGUGCUCGGGAUGAGGAGGUGGACGCUCCUAAAAAGACCCUACCUAGCAAGUUAAGAGUCCCCAACCAUCAUCCUAGAGACGAGCAAGAUGACAUUCCGAAAGAAACUGAUGACGGCGCCCCAACAAUCGACCUCAACGACUUCAACAGACGGUGGGCAGAGGCAGUGGAAGAUGAUGAAGCCCCCGAUGUCAGGUUCCAUUUUGAUUCGAGCCAUCCAAACGCACAUGUCAACACACACCAUACCCGCACCGACCAGUUAGGGGUGUAUGAGUGCAUGUACGAGCUAUUUGGAAUGCCGUGCAAGUUUACAGCGAUUGUAAAUGGGCAGUGUUAUAACAGGUAA